CAAUACGCGUGCAGUGUAUCAAGCCAGCGCACGGUUAUUUUUGGAUGGCAGUGUAGAUUGAGCAUUGCAGCCUUAUCAUUCAAUCCUUCCCCACAUCAUUCACCACUAACACUCAUGGUGACAACAUAUGCUGAUCAACGAUCCAGUAAUGGAGCAGAAGGAAGUGCAUAUGGCAGUGGUGGGAAUAUGAGUCAAGAAAACAACGCUGGUGUAUCCUCCCUCUAUGCAACAUGCUCUCGUGUUCCACUCAUCAAAUCACCUGCAGUUCGUGUUCCACCACCGAUCACUCUACCAAACAAUCUUCAUCCACUUCCACCAAAUCUACAAGAAUACUUUGUUUAUCCGUUUAACUUGGAGCACUUCGUAUUGGAAAACGCAGACCGAAGAGAGAAAGCACGUAAGCAGGAUAUGCUCAAACGAGCACCCGGAUGGAAUGAAGAUGGAAAAGUGUUGGAGCCUACACGAAGACCGACUAGCAUGCAAAGCUUUGAUGAAUCACAAACACAACAACAGACGGGAAUCGGAAUCAAUGAACGUAAUGAGAUUGAUGAGAUUGCCGAUAUGCUGGAUCGAUUGGAUAAAACGUGAUCAAGCAAGCUGUAUAAUAUUUCCAUCUUUAUUGUAUUUUACUUAUAAUCAUCAUUUUGUGGCUGCGCUAGAAGCAAGAUACAUACAC